AUGUCUGCCACCACCGUGUUACCCUCAAUCCAGCUCAACGUGAACUAUGCCGACAUCAAGACGUUGGUCCGCGACUUCCUUACAUCGUUCAAGGAGUCUGGCAGCGUGGAGGACGCCAUGAUGGAAGACGAAGAGCCCACAGGAGGUCUCAAGUACAUGAAACUUCUUCAGCAUGUGGCCAACAGAGACAUCUCCACGAUCUACAUCGAGUUAGAGGACCUCAAGAAGUUCCAGCAGAACUCGUUUGCCAUGGGUGCCUCUUCGCAGACCAACCCCCACCAAUUGAUCACUGCCAUUUCCAGAAACACCCACCGCUACAUCGAGCUUUUCAGCUCAGUCAUCGACGAGCUCAUGCCCGAGCCAACCAAAGAAAUCAGCUACAAGGACGACGUGUUGGAUGUGAUUUUGCACCAGAGAAAGUUGCGUAACUUGAGGUUACAGCAGGAAAACGCCGAGGAAUUCAACAACUUGAGAGACGGCUUCAAUGCCAACGACCUCGCCCACGACCAGCCCCCUGAGGAGGCCGACAACUUGUUCCCCAGCAAGCUCACCCGUCGCUACUGCCUCUACUUCAAGCCGUUCGAGUCCGACAUCAAGACCUUGAGCGUAAGAGAAAUCAAAGGAAGCCAUGUUGGUAGCUACAUCACCGUCCGUGGUAUUGUCACCAGAGUCAGUGAUGUCAAGCCCAGCGUGGUGGUCAACGCCUACACCUGUGACAAAUGUGGGUACGAAUUGUUCCAGGAAGUCAACUCCAAGGUGUUCACUCCGUUGUCCGAAUGUACAGCUCCAGCUUGUAAGGCCGACAACAACAAGGGCCAGUUGUUCAUGUCUACCAGAGCAUCCAAGUUCUCCAGUUUCCAGGAAGUCAGAAUCCAAGAGAUGUCCAACCAAGUGCCUGUGGGCCAUAUCCCCAGAUCUUUGACUAUCCAUGUCAAUGGUGACUUGGUUAGAUCUUUAAACCCUGGUGAUACUGUCGAUGUUUCUGGUAUCUUCAUGCCUUCGCCAUACACCGGAUUCAGGGCCUUGAAGGCCGGAUUAUUGACUGAAACCUACCUCGAAGCCCAAUAUGUCAGGCAGCACAAAAAACAGUACGACUCCCAGAUUUCUCCCGAAUUACAGAGGAAGGUCGACAAUUUGGAGACCGAUGGUGACGUUUACAACAAAUUGGCCAAGUCUAUCGCCCCGGAAAUCUACGGCCACUUGGACAUCAAAAAGAUCUUAUUAUUAUUGUUGUGUGGAGGAGUAACCAAGGAAAUUGGGGAUGGUUUGAAGAUCAGAGGUGACAUCAAUGUCUGUCUUAUGGGAGACCCGGGUGUGGCCAAAUCCCAAUUAUUGAAGGCCAUUGGUAAGAUUGCACCAAGAUCCAUCUAUACCACCGGUAGAGGUUCUUCGGGUGUUGGUUUAACCGCAGCAGUCAUGAGAGACCCCAUUACCGACGAAAUGGUAUUGGAAGGUGGUGCCUUGGUGUUGGCCGAUAAUGGUAUUUGUUGUAUCGAUGAAUUCGACAAAAUGGACGAAAGCGAUAGGACUGCCAUCCACGAAGUCAUGGAACAGCAAACCAUCUCCAUCUCUAAGGCUGGUAUCACCACCACUCUUAAUGCCAGAACCUCGAUUUUAGCUGCUGCCAAUCCAUUGUAUGGUAGAUACAACACCAGAUUGUCACCCCACGAAAAUAUCAACUUACCAGCAGCCUUGUUAUCCAGAUUCGAUGUGAUGUACUUGAUCCUUGAUCAGCCUUCCAGAGAAAAUGACGAGAGGUUGGCCAACCACGUCGCCUAUGUCCAUAUGCACAACAAACAACCAGUGAUGGAUUUCGAACCAUUGGAUUCCGCAACCAUCAGAGAGUACAUCAACAAAGCUAGAACUUUCAGACCAAAUGUUCCAAAGAAUGUUGGUGAUCACGUUGUCCAGGAAUAUAUCAAUAUGAGAAAAGAGAGUCAGCGUAAUGAAGGCUCGGUCAAAAAGUUCAGUCAUAUUACCCCCAGAACUUUGUUGGGUAUUCUUCGUAUGGCACAAGCGUCGGCCCGUCUUAGAUUCGAUGAUACUGUGACGUUCGCGGAUGUGGAUGAGGCGUUGAGAUUGAUCAAGGUUUCCAAGUCUUCGUUGCACGCAAAUGAGGAUGGUGUCAGAGAAGACGAAUCUCCUGCCUCCAAGAUCUAUAGAAUCGUGAGUGAUAUGGCAAGAGGCGAUGGAUCCACUGGUCCUAGAAUAUUGACCAUGCAAGAAAUAAAAGAUAGAAUUCUCGGGCAAUCCUACGUGAUUCAACAGUUGGAAGACACUAUUACUGAGUACGAGUUGCUUGGUGUGUGGCAGAGAAUAGAGGAAGGAGAGAGGUUGAUGUUUGUGGAAGGGACUGAAAUUGAAGGUGAAGUCGAUGUUGAUAUGGAAGAUUAG